AUGAGGUCAAUCUCCUUACGUCCCCUUCGGCGAGCGCUGGCGCCGUCAGUAUCGACACAGCUCCCCCUUGCCGUCUCUCGGCUUUACUCGACGCAUCCGCCCAACGCGAAGCUCAACAUUCCCGUCGACUACUCGACGACGUCUUUACUUGCGCACUCUUCUCAAACGGCCCUCGGCACGAAAGAGCUGCCUGAGGAGGUCCGCAAUGGCACGACCAAGAAGAUGAACCUCUUCCAGGCCAUCAACGACGCCCUGUCGAUCGCGCUGGCCGAGGACGACUCCGUCAUGGUCUUUGGCGAGGACGUCGCGUUCGGCGGUGUAUUCAGGUGCACGAUGAAGCUGGCCGAGACAUACGGCGGGGAUCGGAUAUUCAACACGCCCCUGACGGAGCAGGGUAUCAUGGGCUUUGCCAUCGGCGCCGCGGCGGAGGGUAUGCGCCCCGUCGCGGAGAUCCAGUUCGCCGAUUACAUCUACCCGGCCUUCGACCAGCUCGUCAACGAGGCCGCCAAGUUCAGAUACAGAGACGGCGCGUGCGGUCGCAGCGUCGGCGGUCUCACCGUCCGCAUGCCCUGCGGCGGCGUCGGACACGGCGCCCUGUACCACUCUCAAUCGCCCGAGAGCUUGUUCACGCACAUCCCGGGACUGCGGGUGAUCAUGCCGAGAUCGCCUCUCCAGGCCAAGGGUCUUCUGCUGUCGGCCAUCCGCAGCAACGACCCAUGCAUCUUCAUGGAGCCCAAGAUCCUGUACCGCGCCGCCGUCGAGCAGGUCCCUUCCGGGGCAUACACGCUGCCGCUGUCCAAGGCGGAGGUCCUGAAGGAGGGCAAGGACGUGACGAUUGUGUCGUACGGACAGCCGUUGUAUACGUGCAUGUCGGCCAUCCAGAAAGCCGAGGAGGAACUGGGCAUCUCGGUUGAGCUCAUCGAUCUCAGGACGCUCUACCCCUGGGAUAAGGAGUGCGUCUUGGAGAGCGUCCGCAAGACGGGGCACUGCAUUGUGGUGCACGAGGCCAUGGUCAACGCGGGCAUCGGCGCCGAGGUUGCUGCUGUUAUCCAAGAGGAUCCAGAUACCUUCCUCAGGCUGGAGGCGCCGGUUGCGAGGGUUGCGGGGUGGAGCAUUCACACUCCGUUGUUGUUUGAGAAGUUCAACAUCCCAGAUGUUGCCAACCUGACCAUGUCCCAAGUCGAUACUGUCUCCUCCUUCGUGGAGGGAGCUCCCCCGGGCGAGCUCGCAGAUGUCAUCGCAGACAUCAAGUCCCUCACCGUGUCCGACCCCGAGCUCGUCUCCAGCCUCGAGCCGGCUUUCGAGAAGUACAAUGAGGAGCAGUUCAUCACGACGAAGCUGCCGGGCGGAAGCCAACAGGUCAUCAUCAGCUCCCACAACUCGCUCGGCGACGGCGAGUACUUUGACGUGGAGAGCUCCACGAGCUUCUCGUUCGACCACACCACACAGAAGGCCAGCAAUGCCAAGAGCUACGUUCUGGAGAGCGCCAAUGCCGACUUGAUCAAGUCGACGCUGAAGAGCCUGGGUCCCUACGUCCAGGAGCACUUCCCCAACGCGGCCUACGGUGUCUACCCAACUGAGAACGACUCCAAGGUCGCCAUCAUCAUCGUCUCGAACAAGUACUCUCCCAACAACUUCUGGAACGGCCGCUGGCGCUCCCUCUACAUCUACGACCCCUCGUCUGAGACCCUCGAGGGUUCCGUCAAGGUUGACGUUCACUACUACGAAGACGGCAACGUCAGGCUGCUCACCAGCCGUCCCACGCAGACGGGCGUCUCGGGCACCGGCGCCGGCAUCGUCCGGGAGAUCUCGACCUCGGAGAAGAAGUACCAGGAGGAGCUGAACAGGGGAUUCACGAGCCUCAGCGAGGGAGCGUUCAAGGGCCUGAGACGGCAGCUGCCCGUGACGAGGCAGAAGAUUGAGUGGGACAAGAUCACGUCGUACCGCCUCGGACAGGAUAUCGGCGGCGGCAGCACGAGGCGAUGA